AGUCAGUCGCUCAGCUGUUGGGGGGACACCACACCGAGCAAUACCCACCCCAGGGCACCCGGGGGCUGCUCAGCUCUCAUCCGCGUCCCUGCAUAUGAGCUCCAGUGACGGCUUGGAAGUGGAUUGAGGAUGCAGUGGUGCCUAGCAUUGCUGGCCCUGGUGCUUGUCCAGCCCGCGGCAGGAGAUGGAAAGCUCCAGGACAGUACCAUCACUGAGUUCUCGGUCAACAUUUACCGCUACCUAUCCUCCUUGAACAAAGACAGAAACAUCUUCUACUCGCCGCUCAGCAUUGCUACCGCCUUGGGAAUGGUUGAGCUCGGCACCAAUGGCACGACGCUGGAGCAGAUUCAACACGCGAUGGGCUAUAGCAAAAUGGCAAAAGGUGAGGAGUUUCUGAUGCUGCAGAACAUUUCCCAGGCCAUGAACGAACCCAGCCAGCAGUAUCUCCUGAAACUUGCCAACUCACUCUUUGUGCAGGAUGGGUUUCAAUUGAGCGACAAAUUCCUGCAAAUGAUGAAGCAAUACUUUAAUGCCAGCGUCAAAAAUGUUGACUUCAAUCACCCGUCCGAUGUGGCUGUUUAUAUCAACCAAUGGGUGCUGGAUUGCACCAAUCACAGGAUACAGAAACUCGUGUCACCGAGUGACUUCACCGCCUUAAGCCGUCUUGUCCUCGUCAAUGCCAUUUACUUCAAAGGUUCCUGGAAAUCCCAAUUCAGACCUGAGCUCACCCAGGCCUUCCCUUUUACCAAGGACGAUGAAAGUGAAGUACAGAUCUCGAUGAUGUAUCAACAGGGAGAAUUCUACUAUGGUGAGUUCACUGAUGGCACAGAUGAGGCAGGUGGUAUUUACCAGGUCGUAGAACUGCCUUACAAAGGGGAUGAAAUGAGUAUGAUGAUAGUACUCCCAAGGCAGGAAGUGCAACUGGCUUCAAUAGAACCACUUUUGAAAACCCAGCAGAUAAACGAAUGGGCAAACUCGAUAAAGAAGGAGAAGGUUGAAGUGUUCCUACCCAAAUUUAAAGUGAAGCAGAGCAUUGAUCUGAAGGAAGUUCUGAGCAGUCUGGGGAUGUCGGAAAUGUUCGACAUGAACGCUGACCUCUCAGCCAUGACGGAAAGGAACGACUUGUACAUCUCCAAGGCUGUGCACGUGUCCUACCUGGAAGUGAAUGAAGAAGGCUCUGAAGCAGCAGGCGUGUCAGGAAUGAUCAUCAGUAACCGGAUGGGAAGCCUGGCUCCCCAGGUCCUCGCUGAUCACCCAUUCUUCUUUCUGAUCAGAAACCGGAAGACAGGUACCAUCUAUUUCAUGGGCAGAGUCAUGCACCCUGAGGACAUUGAUCCAACUGAAAAAUACCCUGAAGCAUCAUAAAUGCACCACAUCUACAAAGUUGACUCGCAUGCAGUUUGAAAACAAAUUUGCGUUUAACACUGCCAAUUUUGUUUGUUCGUAUCCUCGAUUAUAAGCUUGAAGCAGAUCCUUUCAAUGCAGUUUUCAUAAAACCUAUGUAUUAAACGCUGCUAAUCAAUAGUCUGUAUUAGUGCAGCCUUCAUUAAAAUAAAAUGUUUAAAGAUUGCACUCC